AUGAACCCGACGGAGAUUCCUGCCGCCGGAGCCCCGCUGUCCAAGAAAGAGGUUCAGCUCCAGGGGCCGCGCCCGCCGCCUCUCAAAGUCAGCAAAGAAUCGCGCAAGAUCAAGAAGCCGCCGCCGCAUCCCGCCGCCCACCACCACCACGCGCCGCCGGAGUAUAACCAGCCGCAACGGGAACCAGUGGUAAUCUACUCCGUCUCCCCCAGAGUCAUCCACGUCAACCCCGCCAACUUCAUGGACGUCGUGCAGCGCCUCACCGGAGUCACCACGGCAGAGGAUCCGCCUGCCGGACGAGGCGACGUGUCGCCUGCGGCGAGGCUGGCGUCGAUCGAGAAAACGAGCCCGUCAGAUAAGGAGAAGGAGAGGGUUUUGCACAGCGGAAAUGAUGACUUGAUGUGGAUGUUAGAGGGGGGAGUGGAGGUGGGUCAGUUUCCGGGGAUACUGUCGCCGGGGCCGGAGACCUUGCCGCCGGUUACGGCGGGGUUUUCUCCGGCGAUGGAGGCGCUAGCGUCGUCAUAUUGGAACGAGUUUUCGCCGUCGUAUUGGUCGCCGGCGAGUAGUUUUUUGGCGAGUCCAUCGGGGUUUCUUCCCAUGGCCGUGGCGUCGCCGCAACCGUCGCCGAACCUGUUCAGCCUUUUCGACUAA